UCUGUAACAGGGAUGUCGGUUCACGUCUGUCUGUCUUGCAGCUUGUGGUGUUUCGGCUUUCGGCCUUUUUUGGACGCCUUCAGGACUUUCUUUGUGGUCGCCAGAGACUCGGAGUCAGGUCCUCCUAGAAGGGAAGUGUCCGGACAUCACAGCUCGUCCUCGUCACUUUCAAGUUUCAUGUACGUCUGGACGGAAGGGCUCGAGACAAUGACGAUAAUGUUCAGCGUGCGGUACACUAGAGCCGGGAUCAUCGUGGCAUCGAUCUCGAGGAUGAACAUAUUUGAGCACCCUCAAGGCUUGAAGCUGAAGCUCUGGAGCAGUUGCAGCACCCUCUCCCACCCAGUUGGCAGUGAAUAAGGUACAGCUGUACUAAUAAGGGAUGCAGCCCCGUUGUGAAAGUAUGACGGGGGUACCAGCCAGUAGUCGAAGCAGGGCUGUCACCACCCUCAGCUUAUCCCAGGUGGAUGGUUAAACUUGGUCUUGGGGCGGCGAUCGCCUCAAUGAGUCGGUCAAUACCGGCCCCGCGAUUUGGGAGCCCCAGUACCUCCUAGGGGCAUCCAAACUACUCAGGAUCCAACAUGCAUAUGCACUCAAAUCUGCUGUGCAUUUGAAACUGAACAUCGGUGUCAUUAUUACACGGCCGUGUCAAUCCACUGCUUCCUAGAU